UUUGUGUCACAGCCAAAUCCAUCAAACUUAUUAGAGUGGCACUAUGUAUUAUAUGGGGCAGAGGGAACACCUUAUUAUGGCGGUGCCUAUCACGGGCAGUUGAUAUUCCCUUCAGAGUUUCCACACAAGCCACCUUCAAUUCUAAUGUCAACACCGUCUGCAAGGUUCGAGUGCGAUACCAGACUAUGUGUCUCAAUCAGUGACCAGAGCGAAGAUGCAGAUGGAGCAGGCUCAAUAUCUGCAUCACAAUCAGUUAGAAGGAAGGCAGCAGCAGAGUCUAUGAUGUACAAUGUAAAGAACCCAGUGUUUAAACGAAUGUUUCCAGAGAUUGCAAAGGAGUAUAUAAUCAAAAGGAAGGAGCUCAAAGCAUUGGCGUCCACUGCAAGCAGUUCAUCAUCCUCAAGUAGUUCAAAGUCAUCCACCACUGCCACACCACUCCCUCAGGACCGUCCUGCAAGAGAGGCCGACGACUCUACAGCAACAACAGCUAUCGUUGUAAUUGGAAUCUUUAUCAUUGUCUUUUCUGCUAUUGUUUAUUAUUAUUAUCAUAAUAAAGGA